AUACAAAGACUCAAGAAUGAAUCUCAAAGCUCAAACACAGUGUUCAAACUGUCAAAGAUAUGAACACUUUACAAUCUCAUGUUUUAGAGACUCAAAAUGUGCAUUCUGUAUCAGAGAUUACAAAACUAGUGAGCAUAAAUAUGAAACAUGCUUAAAAAGAGAUGAAAUAUGUCAAUAUACUAUGCUUAAGUGCUCUAAUUGCAAAGAAAAAUAUGUAUCUAGCUCAAAAGAAU